ACAAGUUUAAGAUAAAGAGACAGAGUUAGGUAUUGUUAGUGAUGUUUUCUCCAGUUCAAUGCCGCGAUCUUUCCGGACAGACAGGAAGUAAAUCAUUUAAAAAUCCAAGUGAAAGUCAAUAAUAUAAGUGAAAUCACGGCUUCUACAGGCUUACUCUGAACGGAAAGAUGUUGUUGUUUGGACUGAUUAUCGUCUGUUUGGUUGCUAACGUCUGCUCUCAAGCCUGUUCAGGAGCGAGGUGCGGCGACUGCCUGAUUAACGAGGGGUGUGGCUGGUGCAAGGACUCGGAGUUUUCAUUCCCGCGAUGUGCGCCAAUCAAUCAGUUAACAGAUAAUGGAUGUGUCGCUGUGAUCAAAAGAAAGGAGCAUGUCGUUCAGUUACUGCAGAACGAUGAAUUUUCUGACGGAGGACCAGGGUUGGAACCAGUGCAAAUCAAACCGCAGAGAAUCAAAAUCCGACUGACGCCCAAUAGCCAGCUGAGAAAUGUGAUGGUGUUCUACAAGAUUGCAAAGAAUUUCCCGCUAGAUCUGUAUUUUCUGAAUGAUCCAUCUUAUACCAUGAGACAACUGACGUCGAGUCUCAAUCUUCUAGCCAAUGACAUAGCAAAUGACAUAGCGACAUUAACGACAGACUUUACUUUUGGACUCGGAACUUCCAUGGACAAAGUCGUUUCACCAUUUACCCGACAGGAUCCAAAAUACUUGGCUACUCCCUGUGGGACCACCUCGAUUCCUUGUGACUUCCCUUAUUCCUUUAUUCAUCGACAGUCACUGACCAACGACAUAACAGCGUUCACGAAUGCUGUAAGAGGUGUUAAUACUACUGGGAACCAGGAUAUUGUAGAGGGCUUACUUGACGGACUGAUGCAGGUCAUGGUGUGCGGUGAUAGAAUUGGAUGGAGAAAGAAAUCCCGGCGUAUGGUGAUUUAUGCCACGGACAUCAACUUCCAUCACGCUGGGGACGGAAGGGUCGCUGGAAUCUUACAACCAAACGAUGGAUUAUGUCACCUUGACGGUAACGGAAAAUAUACAAUGGCUGAAGUUCAGGAUUAUCCUUCUGUUGGUCAGAUAUUACAGAAAGCACGAGAAAACAACAUCAAUAUAAUCUUUGUGAUCGGUGGAACGGAAAAUGAGUUUAUAAGGAAUAAUUAUUACGACAAAUUCGCUACCUAUCUCCCUGGGGGAUUCAACAAUGCCUCCGAACUGACUACAGACGCUUCAAAUAUUUUAAAUAUAGUUGGCAGCAGCUAUAGGCGUCUACGAGAAACUGUCAAAUUAGUGAUGACUAAAGUUCCCGAGGAAUUGGAUGUUGGGAUUUAUAGCAACUGCAGAACUGGACGAUUCCUUGACAAGACAAAUAACUGUACAGGUCUGACAUUGGAGAAGUGGACAAACUUUACUUUAUUUUUGUUUUCCAACAUGACCACAUGCCCCGAUCAGAGAACUGUGAAUUUCACUAUUUUCCCCGAAGGCCUAGAAGAACGAGUUGAAAUAGAAGUGGAACACGUGUGUGAUUGUGACUGUCAACUUGAACCAGAAGCGGAACCAAACAGUACAAAAUGUAACCAGAGAGGGACGUACGAAUGUGGGGUGUGUCACUGUAAUGAGGGGUGGUCAGGUGACAGCUGUGAGUGUGACGAGAGGGGAUCAGAGACGGAAGCGUGCGGGACAGAGGCGGGAAUCUGCAGCAAUGCUGGAAACUGUACCUGCAGGAAGUGUGAUUGUUUUGAGGGAUUCAGUGGAGACAAGUGUGAAUGUAACGACCUUAAUUGUCCAUAUUUUAACGGGAAACUGUGCGGAGGGCCCGGUAAUGGGCGGUGUUCGUGUGGCUCGUGUGUCUGCGAUCCCGCGUACUCGGGCAAAGCUUGUGAUUGUAUGACCUCUACAGAGGCCUGUAAGGACAGCAACGGGACGCUUUGCUCUGACAAUGGAAACUGUGUGUGUGGAACGUGUGAAUGUAGCGCCGGAUUCAGGGGCGAAGUUUGUGAACGUUGUCAGAGUUGCCCAGGGACGUGUUCUACAAACAAUGACUGCGUGGAGUGUGUGGGCUUCAACCAGGGGGCAUACAAUCAGUCUGUGUGUGUCUCCAAGUGUGGGAACGUGGAGGCAGUGGCCAUUUUCUUGGAGCCAGGUAAUGAGACGACGACGACAUCGUGUAUUCUGCAAGACAACUUUGGAUGCCUCAUAUACUACAACGUUUAUGAGACUGAUACUGGUCGGUUUGUUCAAGUCCGUUCUGUCAAACGUUGCCCGCCUGGACCAGCGGACCCGGUAACGGUCGGACUGAGUGUAUCCGGGGCCUUCUUCCUGGUGGGAAUCAUUCUGCUGUUGAUUUGGAAGCUACUGACGAUGUUGUAUGAUAAACUGGAGUACUCCCAUUUCGAGACAGAGAUUAAAAACCCAGUGUGGGAAAAGUCUGAGAAUCCGAUAUACAAGGAGUGUGUGACCACGGUACAGAACCCAAUGCACGACAUUGCGGAUGUGUCGCAUGAUGAAAUAGCGAAUGAAACUUCGCAUAUAUAAGUUUGUUUGGAUGGAAACACUGAUAACUGCCGAGAAAGAGAAUUUUAAAACACAAAUUUUCGUGGUUCAUGUAUAGUGAUUGUUAUCGUAUAGUAGUUGUACUACGUUAAACAUUUAGAUAUAUAGGUCAUUGACUCAUGUGUUCUCCAAAAAAGCUCCAGAAAUUGUAUUUGUUCUCUUAUCAAUGCUAUGUAGACAAUGCAUUCUACAUGAGCAUGCUGUUUAUACUUUGACUAAAUCAAUAAUCGAAUGUAAGAUGCAUGAGGAGAUUUGGACAGUCCUGCUCUGUGGUAAAAAUUAAACGAAGGCUUUGUGUAUUAUGAAUAUAUUCGUUCUCCUUGUCCAGUUCACAUAUCAUAUAAAUAUAUUGUGUGUAGAUUCAUAGUGAAAAUAAAGUAAAGGAAAAUAUAAUAAUCAAUUUAAUGCAUAAUAUGUUCUGUUCUUUGUAUAUUAUUGAUAAAAAUCAACACAAACUGUCAACUUAUCACAUAUAAUCAGAUCAGCAUUUAGAACAAUAUUAAAAUUGGUGUUAUUGGGAAAGGACUACAUAUGGUAUGGGCCUAAAAUGCCCCCUUAAAAGGAAUAUCAUUAUUUUACUGUAAUUCUUUGUUUUCUUUGUACAGAUAUAUAUGUGAUGUUUUAACUUAAUGUUCAUUUUGAUUCAAGUGCCCACAAUUUAGAAAUAUGGCAUUGUAAAGACAGCCUUUUCCCGCCAUUUUUGCAUUUUAGCAUAAAAAAAGCUUGUUUUCAAGAAGAUUUUCUUUCAGGAAACAUAGACCGCAUGCUUGAACCAACAAAAUAUUUUAAUCAGAGAUGUAUUUAGCCAAGACUAAUAAGUGACAAAAAAUUUGUCCUGGUUCAAGCAUGCGCUCUAUAUUU